AGGGCACGCAAGAGAGAGAGGAGGGAGGAGAAAGAGAGGGUGAGAUAAGACAAUAAGGCAGGUAGAGAGAGUGAUCGGAUGAGAUUGCAUCAGGCUGUCCCAACAAGAGGAGGAAACUGAAGAUUAGCCUUCGUGUAACAGCCAAUAGAGAAGACUUGUGCAAACAAACAACAAUAGAAGGAACGGAAGAAUAUCGAAGUAAUCCAACCGGAGUUAUAAAAGUUGUAAAAUGUCUCUAGUGGGCGCCUUGCCUUUCCUGAAACCGCGCCUAUCCCCUUCUGUUUCUCCUGGGCGCCAAAGAAGACACACACUGCCAGCAAGCGAGUUCCGACCGCUCAACACGCAAGAUGCCAUCAGCGUGUUCGAAAUCGAGAAAGAGGCCUUUAUCUCUGUGUCAGGAGACUGCCCGCUCCACCUUGAUGAGGUGCGUCAUUUCCUCACGCUGUGUCCAGAGCUGUCCAUGGGCUGGUUUGAGGAGGGGAGACUAGUAGCCUUCAUCAUUGGGUCCCAAUGGGACCAGGACAGACUCACCCUAGACGCCCUAACUCUUCACAAGCCCAAAGGUUCCACAGUUCAUAUCCAUGUGCUGGCGGUCCACCGGACCUUCCGGCAGCAGGGCAAGGGCCCCAUCCUGAUGUGGCGCUACCUGCAGUACCUACGCUGCCUGCCCUAUGUGCGCCGUGCAGUGCUCAUGUGCGAGGACUUCCUGGUUCCCUUCUACCAGAAGUCUGGCUUCAAGGUGCAGGGCCGCUGUUCCAUCACGGUGGCAUCACUGACCUUCACAGAGAUGCAGUACCCUGUGAGGGGCCAUGCCCUGAUGCGGCGCAACAGUGAAGCUAUUGGUUUUCCUCAGACUGUGUUAUUAUUGGAGGAACCGAUUCAGAGGAGUAAGUCUGCAUUGUUAUUGGAGGAACAGACUCAGAGGACUGAGCCUGAGUCUGCUGAUGUGUAAAUCUUUUUUUUACUCAGUUAUAUAGUAGAUUCCUGUUGUACAUAUCAACUAUGAUGUAAAAUAAAGUGAUGUAAACAUUUACAUUUAUAUCUAAGAGGGUAGUCUAAAGUGCACACCAUAUAUGCAUGACCAAUGCAGGGAGUCUUUAAGCUUUAUUACAAUGUUUUAAUUUCAGAUACCUAACAUUAGUUAAUAUGUGAAUAUUUCAAUGUUAACUAGCUACAUGCUAAUGAAUGUUAGAACAAAUAUUGUGUGACUUCUGUCUGUGUGAGAUUAUAUUUUUACUGCAAAUGUU